AUGAGCAACGAAGGGGCGGAUCCUAUCGGAAGUCUGCCACGAGAAGCUGCCCUCAGGGUACUUUCGAAGUUGUCAUUGGAAGAUCGAACCAGAGUUGAGAGAGUUAAUCGCACGUGGAGAGAACUAGCAAUGGAAGCUUCACGUCAGGAAACGAAGCCUGUCUGGAUUUACAUAAUAUUCCGCAAAAAUCAUUGCUCAGGACAUGAAAAAAUGACAGUCAAUAUCAGCUUUGAUGGACCAAUUUUCUGGAAUCGUCAAGUGGCUUACAUUUAUUGCUGUUCCUGCCAUUUUGAUGAGCAUGAGGGACCUCUAAUGUCGAUUCUUCAUAAGUUUGAGCAAAGAGUUGAAAGAGUUUGUUUGGUUGAUAAGCCAGUGGACUAUCCAUUCUUACCUGAUUCGCUGUUCAGCUAUAUGGCUAAGUGUAUGCCAAAGUUACAGUUCAUCUACUUGCGCGAACUCGAUUUGGAAAAGAUCAAUAGAGCUACAGUUGUAGAAUUGGCUAAUCAUAAACAUUUGAAAAAGGUUAUUGUUCAUGGAUGCCGCAAUUACGAGGUUCUACAAGAUUUCCGAAACUUGCCUCAGCUGUUGGUAGUUCGAGGAGAGAUCGUCGGUUUAAAGGCAAUGAUUGGCGAUUUCGAGGAGUAUCCUCAUUCUGAUGGUGGAGGCUCACAAGGUUUAUCAUCAGAGUCAAGUGAAACAACCAGUGAAUUGGAUGAAGCACCAGUCGUUGAAGUUGCUACUGGACCAUGA